GCAAGUGUCCUAGCGACACUGGCGACUGUAUGGUUCCCCAGUGUCCAUUACAACGACAGAGACGGCUCCGAGACCUCGGUGUUCUGCUAUGUAAAAGACAUGUCGAAUAAGACGGGGUAUCACGUGGUGCCCGACGCUCUCUCCCCAGAGCGUGUGGCAGACUUUAUGAACUGGGGCCAGCCCUUUUUAGUGACGUCUGUUAGUAACGACUGGCCGGCAACAAGGCUUUGGAGCCAUACCUACUUUCAGCACAUGUUCAAAAAUCACGAUCUUUUCUCGUCAACAUUUUCAACUACUGAACUUCCGCAGUUUGAUGAUGACUAUCCUAAUAAGGCCAUCUAUUAUGGCAUCUUUCUUAACAGUCAGACCCUAGCAGCCAUGGUUGCUAGGGACUAUGAAUAUCCUUCCUUUAUUCCUGACCAGCUUAGGCUGCAAGGUAAUGAGUGGAUCCACUGGGGACAACCUCCCUGUGGUGCCAAGAGACAUGUUGACCUCACGUGCACUGGGAGGGUGUCUGUGCAGGUGAGAGGGUCC